CUGUAUCGAUUUGAGAUAUCUAUCUUGGUUUUUUUUUGGUGCAGCUGAGUGUUAUCAUUGAUGUUGCCGGAGGGGAAGCUUAUCAUCUCCAGCCGAGAUUGUUCGAGACCAGUGUACCCAUCUUCUAAGCCAGCAAAAGAUUGGGACAAGCUGGAAGCUGAAGUGAAGAAACAGGAGAAGGAUGAGAAGCUUGAUGGAGAUGCGGCUAUGAACAAAUUUUUCAGCGAUAUAUACUCAAGUGUAGAUGAGGACAUGAGGCGAGCUAUGAACAAAUCAUUUGCUCAAUCAAACGGGACGGUACUGUCGACAAAUUGGAAAGAAGUUGGGACUAAGAAAGUGGAGAGCACAAUGGAUAUGGAACUCAAGAAGUGGGAAUACUGAUCUUCUUAAAAUCCUCUUUUCUGGUUUUUGUCAAAAAUAUGACAAAUCUUUUGAACUUUUUAUGUUUCUUUGUUUUUUGCUUGAAUUUGUCUCUCCAUUCUUGCGUUGUGGUCUUAAAGAACAUUCUGAUACUUUGAUUUUGUAUUAGAAAACUAAAAUCACAAGUCUGUU